CCGUUGUCGUUGUCGUUGUUGUUUCUGCCUCUCGCAUGAUCUCCUCUGCCUCUCCAUCCGCACUGCUCUGCGGCCCAUUCUAUUCUGUUUUUGCUGUUUUUGCUGGCCGCGCGUGUGGUUUUGCCGUCGCUAAAACGACAAAACGCCAGCAAGAGCCCCCGGAGAGCCCCAAACCGAACCGAACACCAAAUCACCUGAGCCCUGAGAAUCACAGCAACACUCUUCAACCUUCAAUCCGCUGUGGUGCGAAUUUUUUAAGUUGUAUUCGUUUUUUUUUUGUUGUUUUUGUUGUUUUUGCUGUGAAAAUGAAAAAUAUGAGACAACAAAAUGUUCAAGAAAUAACUGUUAAGGCAGGGUGAACGCCCCAGAAGCCGGAAGGAGCAUUGUCGUGCAGCCCCCCAGCUUCUAGGAAGAAGCAGUUGAGGAAUAGUGCAUCCCAGCACAAAAGCAGUUUCAAAGGAGUGCACACAUCCAGAAAGCAGUGUUAGAGGAAAGCAGUGUAGAAGUGCAGUUUGAGAAAACUGCAGCCUUCCAGAAAGCAGUGGAAAAGGAUUGCACCCACACAAAAAGCAGUUGAACAGGACACUGCACCCUCCACGAAAGGCGAGGCGGUCAGCAGUGCAGUGCAGUGCACCCUCGCUGCCAGAAGCAAAAAGCAGUUGAGGAUUUCACGUUCACCCCAAAACAGCAAUCCGUGCAGUGGGUUGGGGAGAGUGCUCUGCACCCACACAAUAACAGGAUCUAUGUGGUAUAUAUGUACAUACAAAUAUAAGUCGGGGACUCCCUCCACUCUUCAAACACACACACAGACACACAAAAACAUUGCUGGCGCAUAAAAAAUGUCUACCCAGGGAAGUGUCGCCCAGCCCGAGCGAUGGUCGAUGGGGGGUGGUACGGUAGGCAGGUCCAGUCCCGACUUUGUGUAGGGGUCGUUCCAGGGUAUUGGGUAAAUUGCUAACGGUUUGUUUCGGGGGUUAAAUACACACACAUAUACAGAGUGCGCGCUCCGCCCCUCGGCCAAAGGAUACGAUGUACAGAUGUGGGUGGGGAAUGGUAGGGCCACGCAUGGAGUGUAUCCUACCCCACCCCUAUAUUCCCCUUGCGUAUGUGUGUGUGUGUGUGUGUCUCUGUCCCACUCGCACUGCCACAAAAGUGUCGUCGUUUGUCGCUUGUCGCUCUGGUCCGAUGCUAGCGCUCCCCUCCCCCACUUCUCCUAGUAUCGGUCUCUCCCUUGCUCUGCUGACACUGCUUUUACUUCUACUAUUUUCUGAUUGUACUGCUUUUUGUGUCCUCUCUCCCUUGCACUGCUUAUUCUUUUGCGGCCGUGCGUCCGUGUCCUCCGCUCUUGUACUGCUUCUUCUCUUGGAUUGGUUUCGACCGCUUCAAAUGCGUUACGUUCGUUUUUUAUACCCCCCUCCCCCUCCAUCGCAAUCCCCACCCACACCGCCACUCCAGCAGUGUGUGUAUGCGUGUGCGUGCGUGUGCGUAUUUGUUCUCGUUUCGAUUGGAUUACAUUGGACCCCCUUCCCCAGCCCAUCCCACUCCACCAACAACCAACGUUCCAUUCCGUUCCUCGAGGUUCGGGUCGUUCUUCUUUCUUUUUUCAUCGUUGUGUCCCCCAGCAUCUGUGGUAGCGCGCCCAAGCGACAGCGACAUUCAUCCAUCCCCCCUCCCUCCCUCCCUUCCGUGAUCAAGCAAACGACGACGACGACGACGACAUUUCGUUUUUUGUGAUUCGUUUUCUGUGUUCUGUGUGUGUGUUGUGUGAGAGUGACUCUGCUUGCGUGUCGGUGUGCGUUCUUUAAUAUUGUCGUCGAGUGUCAUUGGUCGGACGGCCAACCAAGCAGUCACAAGCCGCGCACAAAAAAAAAACCUUCGGUCGCACUGUUGCUGUCGCACGUUUUUUCCCCUCUGCUUCUUUUUAUUAGAACGAAUACUCCUCCCCUCCCACCCUCCGGCACUAUGUACCCCCUUCUGUACUGUCCUUCUGUUGUGGGUGUGUGUGUCCUGUCCUGUAGGGGCUUUUGAGGGGGCGUGUGCGCCCAAGUAGCCGAAUGAGUUUUUGAUUGUAUGUCGUCGUCGUCGUCGUAGUCGUCGUUUGUCGUUGUCGUGUCGUCGGGUGCGGGUGCGGGUGUGUGUGUGUGAUAGAGAGAGAGAGAGAGCGCUGCUUUGGCUGCACAUGCAUGAGUGUGUGUGUGUGUUUGUGUGCGAGCGAGUGCAAAGUGCAUAAAAAUGGCGACAACGACAACGACGACAGCAGCGACUGGUGGCAGCAGCACUGGCAGCAGCGGCAGCACCACCACCAGGCGACGGACAGCGCGCAAAAAAUAUUUUGUGUCGUGCGGAUUUUAUAACCGUUUUCAAAAGCGGCGGCGUUGCCUGCCUCUGCCUGUCGUCGCAGAAACCAAAACGGACAAACGGACGGACGGACACUCAAAAAUUGUUGCAACAAAUUCGAACGCGAAAAAAAAAGUGCACGUGCGUGUCCAAUUGAAUGUGAAACAAGAAGAGAGGCGAAAGGCAGCGCAACCAUAAAAGAAACAAGAAAAGAAAAGCAUUUACAAGAAAUUCCAGGCACCAUAUGAACGCUUGAGAAUCAAAUAUAAAUAAAUAAUACCAAUAUGUAUUUUUCAGCUAAAAACUAAAACUAAAAAACAAUAACUACGCUACAAAAGCACACACACACACGCAAAAAGUGUUAAAUGAAAAUGUGAUCAAAAUGAACAAAAAUGAGCGAAUAUAACAACAAAGAAUGCCCAGAAGCAGCGUGGGCAGCAGCCGCGGAGAGAGAGGAGAGGCAAUAGAGAAAACAGAACAGGCAGAGCGAGCGAUUAAAAAUUAACAACAAAACAAAUAAAUUUCAAAUACGUAUUUUUUGUACAUAUAUGUGCAGGUGCAUUUACAAUAUACAUAUGUCAUAUGUAUGCAUGUGUACGUGUAUGUGUCUGUGAGAGCAACAUUGCAAUAAUUACAACAAGAGUAACAGAGAAGAGAAAAAUCCACUGCAUUUGCAACAACAAAGGAAAUCAAAAGAAAUCACUGUCGCAGAAACAACAAAAGAAGCAUCCUACACACACACACACGCACGGGCGAAACACACAGACAGAUCCCAGCACUGUCCAGCAGUUGGGAAGUAAAAGUCGGAUCACGGUUACGGCUGCGGUUCUCUCUUGACAUCCAUUGCAUGGAAUUAGAAGGAGUAGAAAGAAGGAGGAGGAGGAAUAGAGGAGGAGCAUCGUACCACAACGAAUCUAUAUGCAACUGCUAUACACAUCCUAUAUCUAGUCUACGAUAUUGUCAGAAAUAUACCGAUUAACUGUAGUUUGUAAGCCGCUUGAUGAAUAUUGGUCAGGAGAAGCAUCCGCACUUGCAUCCGCAUCCGCAGCAGCAACAGCAGCAGCAGCAUUCGCAUCCACAUCCGCAGACAAAACAGCAACAGCAGCAGCAGCAGCAGCCACAUCCCCAGGGCAACAACAGUCGUCACACAGAUCUUUCCAGUCCGCCGGCUCCUGGUAGUCCAUCGUCGGGGGCCAUCCCUAUCGACUAUCCCUAUCUGCUCGGCUACCGCCUGCCGCUGAACCACGGCCAUGAGAGACAUCCAACGCACCACCAGAGUCACCACCACCAUCACCAUCCCCACCACCAGCAUCAGCAUCCAUCGAUUGGCAAUCUCAGGCGCUCCAGCUCCCCCGUGCCCCUGCCCGUUCCGAUGGUGAUGACACCCAGUCGCCGCAGUUCGCCGCCUCUGCCGCUACCACUGACGUUGCCGCUGCGCCAUCCCCUGAACCUGAACCACAGCCACAACCACAACCACAACCACAGCCACAGCCACAGCCACAACCACAACCACAACCACAAUACCCAUACCAAUGCGAGUGUGGGCGGGAGCCAUCAGUCUAUGAGCGCCCACUUCUCGUCGCUGGCCCACGCCCAGCUGCAUCUGCAGAGCCAGCUGCACCAGAAGCUCUCGGCGGCCAGCUACUUCCGCAAUCCCUCGCCCUCGCCGACGGACAACAACACGAACAGCAGCGGCAGCAACAGUCGGAACCACGCCGCCUGCUCCACGGCCCCAGCCUCGACGGCCGUGUCCCCGCCCGCCACGAGCAUGAGCAUGAGCACCGCCCAAAUGAAUCCGCUGAGCGAUCUGCAGAACAUGCAGCCCUUCGACUUUCGAAAAAUCAGCUCGGCCAGCCUGGGGGCCUUCUCCACGCCGCUGCCGCUGCCGCCCAGCCCCACCGAGUUCGUGCACCACCAUCAGCAGCAUCUGCAGCAGCAGGCGGUGCAGCAGGCCGCCGUUCUGGCCCAGGCCCGGCGGAGGAUCAGCGAGGCCAGCACUCCGGGGGAGAAGAGCGCCGCCGUGGCGGCUGCUGCUGCCGCGGCUGCAGCAGCGGCUGCCCAGAGCAAUCAGUUCUUUAGCGCCAUGGCCAUGGCGGGGCAUCCGUUGCCGUACCACCUGCCGCCGCCGCCGCCACCGCCGCCCCCACCGCAGCAGUCCUCGUCGCAGUCCUCGUCGUCCGCGCAGUCGCAGAGCAAUCAGACGGCGGGAGACCGCUCGGAGAUGGGUCAUGGCCAUGGCCAUAGUCACGGCCAUGGUCACGGACACAGUCACGGCCACGGUCACGGUCACGGCAACCAUUCGCCCAGUCAAAAUCACAGUCACCAGUAUCCGCAUCCGCACCAGCACCCACAUCCUCACCAGCAUCCACAUCCGCACCAGCAUUCGCAUCAGCAGCACUCGCACUCGCACCACCAAAAAUCAACCGCCGGAGGAGGAGGGGGCGAGGAAUCCUCGGGCAAGUCCUCGCGUCAUUUGGAUAAAGGCAGCAACAGCUGUUCCUCCUCCACCGCCUCAGGAUCGGGCUCUGGUUCCGGCUCCGGAUCAGGCUCGGGCGGAUCUGGGGGCUCCGGCUCGAGCUCCCAGCGCAUGACUCGCCUGGCCCUGUCCUCCAACCUCCGCUCUGGCCGGAAGACGCACUCGCCCGGCGGUGGGGGCGGCGGUGGCGGCGGCAGCAAGCGCCAGUGGGGCUCAAUGCCGGCGAAUUUGGGGACGCAGUUCAUCAAUCCCGUGACCGGCAAGAAGCGGGUGCAGUGCAACGUCUGCCUGAAGACCUUCUGCGACAAGGGCGCCCUCAAGAUCCACUUCUCGGCGGUGCACCUGCGGGAGAUGCACAAGUGCACCGUCGACGGCUGCAGCAUGAUGUUCAGUUCGCGCAGGUCCCGGAAUCGGCACAGCGCCAAUCCGAAUCCGAAGCUCCAUUCGCCGCAUCUGCGACGGAAGAUCUCGCCGCACGAUGGCCGGAGUGCCCAGCCGCAUCCGUUGCUGCUGCAGGCCCCCAACGGUAUUAUGGCGGGGCUGGCGCCCUUCGGCAGCUUCCCCCUGCUGACUCCGCCCCCCGAUCUGCGCCACCAUCCGGCAAUGGGCGGGGGAUCGGCCAUGGAUCUGAAGCACGGACAGGAGUAUCUGCAGCGUUCGUACAUGGAGAACGGGGGCAUGCUCGUGGGCGGACGCUUCGAGGGUCAGGGGCAGAGGCGCAAGGCGCUGGAGGUGGAGGCGGACGACGACGAGGAUGACGACGAGAUACUCGAGGUCGGCAUCCACAUGCCCGACGACGAUGAUGACGACGACGAUGGAGACGGGGAUGGGGAUGGCGAGGACGAUGACGACGAUCCCGAUGGCGAUGGCAUUGUGGUGGUGGGCGACGAGCUGGACAGCAUACCGGACAGGCCCGGCCAUGGCCACGACCAGGACUUCAUGCUGGACCAGGACCAGGACGAGAGCGUCUCCAGCCACAGUCACAGUCACAGCCACAGCCACAGUCAAACCAAAGAGCAGCCCAGCCCGGGCAAGGGGACGGCAGACGGUCUGGAGGCCAUGGACGAGCAGCACGACGACUCGCCCAGCCAUGGCCAUGGCCAGAUCUCGGCCAGCAAGCGAAAGCGCAAGAGCCAGAACCCAGUGCGCUGCACGGUCCAGUCGGACGAGAACUCCUGCGAGAAUUCCCUCGACUACGAUGUGGCCGCCGAUCUCUCCAUCAAGAAGAUUCGAUUGGGCGGCGCGACGGAUGGAGGAGUGGUGGCAGGAGCAGCAGGAGCAGGCGCCACAGCAAAAGGAGCGAGGGAGGAGCACGCUUCAUCAGCCAAAGAAACGGAAAUGGGGCUCACGAGCUCCAGCUCCAGCAGCGAGUCCACCAAGGCCAUUCCCUCGCCCCCACUCACGCCCUACACGACGCCCGGCGAUGGGAGGCCACCCGUCAGCAUCAAGACGGAGCUGCCGGAUGAAACGGAGGCCGAGGCAGAGGCGGAGGCGGAAAAGGAUGCGGGAACCACGCUCGACCUCUCGCUGGCUUCGGCUGGCGGCGGGGCCAUCAAGCAGGAGCCGCUGGAGGAUCUGGCCCUUGGCUAUGAUAACGAUGAGAAUCGCUAUCUGCGCAUCAAGCAGGAGCUUCUCGGCACCGACGAGGUCCAGGACUGCAGCAGCAGGAUAAACAACAACAACAACAACGUGCUGACGGACACACCUGGCGGGGAUUUGCUCAAGACGGCGGCGAUCAAUGGCGAGGACGAUGAGGAGGCGGCAUACCUGCACGAGGGGGAGACAGAACGCGAGACAGAACCAGAGCCAGAACCGGAACCCGAACCGGAGCCAGAGCCGGAGCCAGAGGUGCCCAUUGACAAGGAGAACCCACUGAAGUGCACCGCCUGCGGGGAGAUCUUUCAGAAUCACUUCCACCUGAAGACGCACUACCAGAGCGUGCACCUGAAGCUCCACCACAAGUGCAACAUCGACGGCUGCAAUGCGGCAUUCCCCUCGAAGCGCAGCCGCGAUCGCCACAGCUCCAAUCUCAACCUGCACCGGAAGCUGCUCUCGACCAGCGAUGACCACGGCCACCUGCCGCCCGGCCCCUGCCCUGGCACUGGCAGCGGCACCGGGGACUCGCUGCUGGAUCUCAUGAGCCUCAAUGUGAACCUCAACAACAACAAGGGUGGGGGCUUCGGCGGGUGCCCGCCCGUGGGAGUGCCCGGCAACAUUCAGGCGGAGAUACUGGCCCGCAUCUGUGCCGGGGCCCAUGCCCACGGGCUGAGUGUGCCGCUCUGUUUCGAAGCACUGCAGCAUCGCUUCGCUGUGGGUCAUGGCCAUGGUCACGGGCACGGGCAGUCGCCCACAGGAUUCGGGGAUGGCGGUCCGAACGCGAACGCCUUCAUGGGGAGCGGCGAUCCCAGGCUGUUGCUCAAUCAUGGCGGGAAUCCGUUGCUCUUUGCGGGAUUGCCGCGACUGCCACGCUUCCCACAGCUGGCGCCGCACAUGCUGGCCGCGGGUGCUGCUGCCGGCGGGCUGGGACCCUUCUGCAGACGCACCUCCUCCGACUCGAAUUCGCAGCACUCGAUCACGCCGCCGGUAUCGAAGGGCUCGCCCCAGCCCCAGUCCCAGUCGCAGUCCCAGUAUCUGCGGCCACGAUCCCGUUCUGGUUCGCCGGACUAUGAGAUGCAACAGCAGCAGCAGCCUGCGGCAACAGCAGCGGCAGCGGAGGAGCAGGAGGCGGGCCAGAGGCAGAGUCCCGAUCGCAUAUCAUGACCAUGUACCUCGUACUAUGCCAAGGCAUUGGCAUUUUAUCACUAAAAUCAACGAUCGACGAUCAACGAGCCGACGCCACCGCUGCCGCCUUGGCCAAAAUCCCACGUCAUACGCACUCACACACACAAACACACAGAAUAUAUAUAUAUAUAUAUAGUAUAUUCGUUUAUGCAAUAUCAGGCUAAAACGUAGGACUACAGCAUUGCUCAUAAUUCACAUCGAUUAAAGGAGGGAGGUUGGGGUGCCCUGCCCUGCCCUGCCCUGCCUGGCCGCUCAUAAUACAACAAAAUAUACAAUAUACAAUUUUACUAGGCUAAUGCUAAUAUAAAAUAUUAGAUGGAUCAACUAGCAUUUUUUUUCUAUACAUAUGAGUAUAUACACACACACACACGUACACACACGUAUAUGUAUGUAUAUGUAUGCUAGAGUCCCUUUUUUUUAAACUUGUAUUUAUAAAAUGGAUAAACUGUUUGUUGUUUUAUGUACACAAGCGUCGACGUUGUAGAGAAUUGAUAAAUGAAUGGAAGGACGGACACGGGAGAUGGUAAAAGAUCGAGAGAAUGUGGGAUACUUAUAUUAACAAGAAGUACUAAAUAAAUAAUUAACGAUUAUAUAUUGUUAGUGAUACUCGAUUAUGUAAGUACCGUUUAGCCACUAAGCCAGCGCCUAAUAAUUUUUUUUUUUUUUUUUUUCGCUAUCGUAACUGAAUCCCUAAGUGUAUUUGUAUAUGAUAUAGAAACGAUGAUGAGUCAACGACGAAACGCUUGCUAGGAAGAAACCAACAAAAAAAAAAACUGAUUACUGAUUAGUGAUUAGUGACUACCGAUCUAUGAUCACUGAUCUGAUACUAUCUGAUACAUCGCGAUGAUCCAAAACCGAACCGAACCGAAGUUGUGUUGUUUUCUUUUUAUCACAAAACCAAUCCUAAAGUAAUUAUAUAGUGAGUUAGUUAGUUCUGAAAACAGUAACCAGGCAAAUACCUUCAACUCAUAUUUAAGCUAUAUAUGUUUGCAAUAAAAUAUCAAUGAAAAAUCAUAAA